GGACACUCGUUUCUGCGACCGCGUGCGUGACACAUCGUCUCGUCGAGUCUCUCCGUUACUCUCCUCUAGCGUAAUUUGUUCCGGUAAUUCGGAGGAAUUCGUAAUUCCCCGAGGUGUGGCAUCUGCGACUUUUAUUCCGCGUUUCCGCAGCUUUCGGAUUAAUCCUGCGAGAAAAUGCCCGAGGACGUGAGCAUGACGGACGCCGGCGAGGUGGAGACCUUCGCCUUCCAGGCCGAGAUCGCUCAGUUGAUGAGCCUGAUCAUCAACACCUUCUACUCGAACAAGGAGAUUUUCAUCCGAGAAUUAAUCUCCAACUCGUCCGAUGCGUUGGAUAAAAUUCGAUAUGAAUCUCUUACGGACCCAUCUAAGCUGGACACAUGCAAAGAAUUGUUCAUUAAGAUUGUCCCGAACAAGAACGACCGUACUUUGACCAUUCUUGACUCUGGCAUUGGUAUGACCAAAGCUGAUCUUGUAAAUAACCUGGGUACCAUUGCCAAGUCCGGUACAAAGGCAUUCAUGGAAGCUCUGCAGGCAGGCGCUGAUAUCUCCAUGAUUGGUCAGUUUGGUGUGGGUUUCUACUCGGCAUAUCUCGUAGCUGAUAAAGUCAUCGUCAUCUCCAAACACAAUGACGACGAACAAUAUUUGUGGGAGUCCUCUGCUGGCGGUUCGUUCACGGUUCGACCCGACAAUGGUGAACCAAUUGGACGAGGCACCAAAAUCAUUCUACACAUUAAGGAGGAUCAGACAGAAUAUUUGGAGGAAUCAAAAAUCAAGGAGAUCGUGAAGAAGCACUCUCAAUUCAUUGGCUAUCCCAUCAAGCUCGUCGUCGAGAAGGAGCGUGACAAGGAGCUGAGCGAAGACGAGGAGGAGGAGCCCACAAAGGAGGAAGAAAAGACGGAGGAUGACAAACCGAAGAUCGAGGAUGUUGGCGAGGAUGAAGAUGAGGACAAGCCGAAGGAUGAAAAGAAAAAGAAGAAGAAGACCAUUAAGGAGAAAUACACUGAAGAUGAGGAGUUGAACAAAACGAAACCGAUCUGGACGAGAAAUCCGGAUGAUAUCACUCAGGAAGAGUACGGCGAGUUCUACAAGAGCUUGACCAAUGAUUGGGAGGAUCACUUGGCUGUGAAACACUUCUCCGUGGAGGGACAGUUGGAGUUUAGAGCGCUGCUGUUUAUCCCGCGCCGCGCGCCCUUCGACCUCUUCGAAAAUAAAAAGAGGAAGAAUAACAUCAAGUUGUACGUACGUCGCGUUUUCAUCAUGGAUAACUGCGAGGACCUGAUCCCAGAGUAUCUCAAUUUCAUCAAAGGCGUCGUGGACAGUGAGGAUCUACCUCUCAACAUCUCUCGUGAGAUGCUGCAGCAAAACAAGAUUUUGAAAGUCAUCAGAAAGAAUCUAGUCAAGAAAUGCCUAGAGCUUUUCGAAGAAUUGUCGGAGGACAAGGAGAACUACAAGAAGUGCUACGAACAAUUCAGUAAAAAUUUGAAAUUGGGUAUCCACGAGGACAGUCAGAACAGGAAGAAGCUUUCGGAGCUGCUGCGAUAUCACACUUCCGCUUCCGGCGACGAGAUGUGCUCGCUCAAGGACUACGUUGGUAGAAUGAAAGAGAGCCAGAAGCACAUUUACUACAUCACUGGCGAGAGCAGGGAGCAAGUGGCCAACAGUUCGUUCGUGGAGCGCGUAAAGAAGCGCGGUUUUGAAGUCGUAUACAUGACAGAGCCCAUCGAUGAGUACGUCGUCCAGCAGCUGAAAGAGUUCGAUGGCAAGCAGCUGGUGUCCGUCACGAAGGAAGGUCUGGAAUUGCCAGAGGACGAAGACGAGAAGAAGAAGCGCGAGGAGGACAAGGCAAAAUUCGAGAAUCUUUGCAAGGUCAUGAAAGAUAUUUUGGAUAAGAAGGUGGAGAAAGUUGUAGUCUCCAAUAGACUGGUCGACUCUCCUUGCUGUAUCGUCACAUCACAGUACGGCUGGACGGCGAACAUGGAGAGGAUUAUGAAGGCGCAGGCGCUCCGCGACACAUCCACCAUGGGAUAUAUGGCUGCGAAGAAGCAUCUCGAGAUCAAUCCCGAUCAUCCCAUCAUGGAGAAUCUGAGACAGAAGGCCGAGGCAGACAAACACGAUAAAUCUGUUAAGGAUCUAGUUAUGUUGCUCUUCGAGACUGCUCUCUUAUCGUCUGGUUUCGCGCUCGAGGACCCCCAGGUGCACGCAUCCAGAAUCUACAGAAUGAUCAAACUCGGCUUGGGCUUUGAUGACGAGGACACGUCAAAUGCCGAAGAUGAGAAGAUGGACAUGGAAGUGCCGACGUUGGAGGGUGACUCGGAGGAGGCGUCGAGGAUGGAGGAAGUAGAUUAAGUUUAGAAUUAAUACCUAUCACUGCAAGACUCGACAAAUAUAAUAAAUCUCGAAUCCAAAGACUUUAGAAAUCCGUGAAAAGCGCGAGAGGGACAAUUUUUUCUUUUAAUUUUAAUGUUCGGGCGCUUUUUUCACUCUGUUUUUAGUGCCGACAGAAUUUGAUGUUGCGUUCACUGGAGAGGUAUACUGAUUUCUGUAGCAACUUAACAGAAUAUCCUCUAGUAGAUAUGUCUUCGUGCACAAUUCUAUCGACAAGAAAAAAUAGCUCGUCAUUUGAUUUGAAACGUUCAUCCUCUUGUAUUUUACAUAUCGUUUUCAUCUUGCAUUAACAUUUUUUUAUACUUUUACGUGUUAUUUUCACACUUACAUCAUUCCAUUGAAAAUAUCUUAAAUUAAAAGUAGAAUAAAGAUGUAAACAUAUUGUGCGCAAUAAAAAAAAAGAAAUCAUUUCA